AUGAUUUCUGAUUCGAUCACCAACGCUUCUGCAACUGCAGCCCCAAGCGCGAGGGAUUUCGGAAAAAAGAAAAGGACGAACAGGACGGCCAAAUUGAAACAGAGCAAGCUUGGUCUCCGCCGUGAGCAAUGGCUCUCUCAAGUUGCUAUGGUUAACAAAGGAGGUAAGGAGGAAAUGGAUGCCAAUCGAAAACCCGGAAGUGAAAAAUCUGAUCAGAGAGAUCGUCCGGUUGUGAAUUUAGACGGCCACCAGCGUGGAGAAGAAGAUGAUAACAACAGUGGAGCUAAUCGUCAUGAGAGCUUUAUGGAGUCGCUUUCGAAUAGCCCUAACAGCAUCCUGAGUGGCAUGAAUUCGAUCCCCAAUUUUAGCAGCAGCAGUAGCAGUGGAAGUGGUGGCUCUUGCUCUGGUAACAUAACAGAGGAGGAGGAUGCUGAUGAUGAUGGUUGUUUGGAUGAUUGGGAGGCUAUUGCUGAUGCUUUAGCAGCUGAUGACGAAAAGCAUGAGAAAGAGAAUCCUCCUGAGUUCUCCGAGGAGCAUGAGCAUGAGAAUAUCCAGCAAUCAGCUUGUGAAUCUGAUGUGGCUGUGUCAAGGAAGCAAAAGAGCAACCAGGCAUGGAGGCCAGAUGAUGAGCUGCGUCCUCAGGGUCUGCCAAAUCUGGGAAAGCAGCGUAGUUCUCCGGUUAUGAACUUCCAUUAUAGUUCAGUGGCAGUGCCGUCUUCAUGCCCCAUUUGCUAUGAGGAUCUGGACUUGACGGAUUCUAAUUUCUUGCCAUGUCCUUGUGGAUUCCGGCUCUGCCUUUUCUGCCACAAGACGAUUUGCGACGGAGAUGGGCGUUGUCCAGGUUGCAGGAAGCCAUAUGAGAGGAACACGGUCAAGGUUGAGACUAGUGUGCAAGGUGGUGGUCUGACUAUUCGGCUUGCUCGUUCGUCUAGCAUGUUUUGCAGGUCAUGA